AUGAGAUACAUUCUUGGACCUCUGGCAUUGGCCUUCCUCGUGCCAGGCAUCUUAGCCACGCAAUGUUGCAACUCGUCUUCUGUGGAUGGGAGUGUGGAUUUGACUGUUCGGACACGUACAGGAGUGUACACCGGCGUGAUCGAGGAUCAGUACCCUAAUACGCGAAUUUUCAAGUCGAUCGCCUUUGCAGAACCCCCCGUGGCCUCGCAGAGAUGGCUCCCUCCUGCUAAGCUCCCCAACUCCACGACGCAUCAUACCACGUACCAUUAUCCGCCUUCCUGUCCGCAGUUCAUAUCGUCCACGACCUCCCUGUGGAACCAAUAUCUAGGCGAGGGCGACGAAAUCUACAAUGGAGACCAAGGGUAUAGCUCUGGCCUCGUGGGAGAAGCGACAUCCGAAGACUGUUUGUACCUUGCCGUUUGGACGCCAGCUAAUGCUACGGCUGCAUCAAAGCUCCCAGUGCUGUUUUUCAUGACUGGUGGGGCUUUUACCACUGGCGGCAUCAACAUCGGAUGGCAGAAGCCUACCAAUUGGGUUGAGCGUACCCAAGAACACAUUGUGGUGACCAUCAAUUACCGGGUAAACAUCUUUGGCUGGCCCAAUGCGCGGGGUCUCACAGAGCAGAACUUGGGAAUCAUGGAUCAACGAGCUGCGCUGGAAUGGGUGUAUGAGAACAUCGAGCAGUUCGGUGGUGAUCGCUCCAAGAUUGUGCAAUGGGGCCAGUCGGCUGGAUCCCAAAGCGUCGACUUCCACUCUUAUGCCUACUACGACAACCCACUCGUGCGUGGGUACUUUAUGCAGUCGGGCACGGCAUUGAAGUCUCUGGGCUUCUCCGACUACGAGCAGACCAACUUCACGUACGUUGCCAAGCAGUUUGGUUGUGACUUCCCGUGUGACGCAGCGGCUGAGCUGGAGUGUAUGCGGCAAAUUCCUUAUGCGCAAAUUUCGAACUUCAUCGGUCAGUAUUCGGACAAUGGGACCGAACCCGCUCUGAGUUUCAGUGUUGUACCCGACGACCGCCUGAUCUUCAGCGAUUAUCCCGCCCGCUCAGCUGCUGGGAAGAUCGCUCGCCGGCCCGCCAUCAUCUCGAACUGCGCCAACGAAUAUGCUUCCUUGAUCACGUAUCCAAUGAACAACCUCACCGCUGGUCCGGACCCGGCUGCGGUCUUGGAGGGUGAUUUGACCGAUUGGAUGUGUCCCACGGCUAACUCGACGCUCCUCCGCAAUCAGCAGAACAUCCCGGUCUACCGGUACCAAAAUGCCGGACAGUAUCCGAACCUGAACCCAUUCCACUGGCUCGGUGCAUACCAUGCCAGUGACUUGCCGAUGAACUUUGGCACCUAUCCCAUCCAGGAGUACUUGGGAAACAGCACCGCCUUCGAAGCCGAGGUCAGCCAGGCCAUGCAAGAUCACAUCUUCGCCUUCCUGAAGGAUCCCUUGAACGGGCCACACUCUGUGGGAUGGGAGCCAAUCAAUGCUUCGACGCAGUCGGGCGGCAAAGUCAUUCGAUUCGGUGCCGAUGGCAAGGCAGUUCAACAGGUGGACCUCAUUGAGAUUGACGGACCGUGUCGGGGCAUCGGCAGAUAUAAUCAGUUUCCAUAA